AUGGAAUUCGGUCACCUCAGCAACGAAACCCGCAAGAAGAUCGAAGAAUUUAGAAGGCGUCGCAAGCAAGCUGAGGAGUACAAUGAGAACUCACCGGUUAAACCACCCAAAUCGAGAUGA